CUCUACAAGAGCAUCACACGAUUGAUCAUCAUUGACUCUGGCAAGACUAAGGCGACUGUGCCGGAAACAUUGCGCUGAACGCAGAACUCGCCUCUCAAGUCUGACCUGCCGGCCACACCACGUCGCUCGAGCUCUCCAACACCCGUGUGCAGCGGGCUCGUCAAUCACCCUCGAGAUGCCUACCGCCGACCGUCGCCCACUAACGAGCAAUCUUGAACCCGACAGCUCACGGUCUUACGGUGCGACUGGGCCGACACAUGAUGAUGCAGCAGCAACCUCACCGCUAUCUGGUGGAUUGAACACACCGACGGAUGAGAAUACCGCUUUGGUACCGGGCAAGACGCCAGAAAAGGUGCAUAAGCAAUUUCGUGAGAUAUGGCCAUUAUGUCUGGGUUUGUGGACAGCAGUAUUCUGCUCUGCUCUCGGGGCGACGGUCGUGGCCAACCUACAAAUCGAGAUUGGUUCUUACUUUAAUGCUGGAUCUCUCGCCGCGUGGCUCGGUACAAGUUAUCUACUGGGCCUGACAGCCAUGACACCAUUAUAUGGUCGUCUGGCCCAAGUGUUGGGGAGGAAAGGGUGCAUGAUGUUGGCAUUGUCCUUCUUCUUCACUGGUACUUUGAUGUGCGCCAUUGCCCCGUCGAUGAACUUCAUUCUCGUGGCUCGUUGUAUUGCUGGAGCAGGAAGUGGAGGGCUCUUGACCGUCACGGCUAUCAUCAUCUCCGACUUGGUCUCUCUCGCAGACAGAGGAAUGUAUCAAUCAGGUGUCAACGUUCUCUUUGGAGCGGGCGCUGCUUCAGGCGCCUUUGUUGGGGGAGUCAUCGCAGAUCGAUUCGGAUGGAGAAUGGCAUUUUGGAUCCAGCUUGCUCCUAUCCUCAUCGCGACGAUACUGGUCAUUACACAAGUUCACGUCCCGCAUAUCAAGGAUGAGUCGAGCGCCUGGGACAAGUUGAAGAAGAUAGAUUGGCUGGGCAGCUUUGUAUUGAUGGUAUCGAUCUCCUCCCUUUCAUUCGCUUCUAGCCUUAUGACUGCUUCUGGAUAUCCGUUACGACAUCCACUCGUGUGGGGGCUCUAUGCUCUCUGCAUCGUCUCUUUACCCCUCUUUGCUAUCAUCGAACGCAGAGCGAAGGAGCCUAUCCUUCCUAUGACUUUUCUCACUCGGAUUCAGCCCUCUCUGGUACUGUUCGGACUGUUCCUAUGUACAGCUUCAGCCUUUUCCCGACUCUACAUGCAACCGGUGUAUCUUCACGUUACACGAGGCCUGGACGGCUCGCAUACAGGUCUAUUGCUCUUGCCGUCGUCUAUCGCUGGCUCAGCAUCAUCGCUCUAUGCGGGUUGGCACAUGCGCCACUACAAAGAGUACAAGUGGUGUCAAACGGUCUUCUCUAUCAUCCCCUGGAUUCAAGCAUUGUCGAUCAUCGUCUUAUGGGGUCCGACGACCAACGUGCAUGAAUUAUGGAUCGAAAUGGCCAUUGCUGCCAUAGGUGGAGGAUGUAUCAUCACGACCUUGUUGAGUGAGUGGUUUGUGCCGAUCGUGCGAUGAGCUCCUUUGAGUCAAGUCAAGUCAUCUAAUUCGCUUCCCUCAGCCGCUCUGAUAGCCUCGGUGGACCCUUCCGAAAUGUCUCUGGCAGUAUCCGCCUGUUACCUCUUUCGAGCAGUCGGCCAAGUCGUCGGCGUAGCUGUCGCUGCUGCCAUUCAACAAUCUGUCCUAUCUACUCAGUUGUAUUCUCGUCUCUCGGGAUACCCAAACGACUUGACCCGCUCGAUCGUCCAGGAUCCAGCGGGAGUCGUGGAGCACCUUGACCCCUGGGUCAGGAUGCAAGCCAAGCUGGCUUAUCUCGGCAGUGUACAGGCUGUAUUUGGAUUCGUAGUUGCCACUGGGGUGCUCUUGACGGCGGUUUCGCUAGGUGUCAAGGCAUAUCCAUUAUGAGGCUGAGGCUGCAGGUACUCCCGGAUCGCAGCAGAGCAUGUAUCCGACAUU